AAAAACAUCGACAGCAAUUUCCAAAGUGGUUUAAAGAAAAAGUCAGUGAAAGCAUUAACUUAAGUAAUAUAGUUAUUUAAUUUAUAUCUAAAUAUUAACUAAUUAUUCCUUUAUGUUAAUCUGGCAGAUGACAUCUUUGCGAAGUCAAGAUCAAUCUAAAUUAACUGAGCAAAUUUAUGCUCUUGCUUGUGGGCCUGAUAAUCGAGUGAGACGGUAUAGUGGGUGCAUUGUUAAUGGUGUAAGAUUCCACACAAAAGAGCAUGAAACUAAUCUCAGAAGCCAAAAUAGUGGUGUGGUUGUUGGAGGGAUGCAUGAAGAUGAAGACAUUGACUUUUAUGGUGUUGUAACAGACAUCAUUGAGUUAAACUACAUCAAAGAUAAUCGAGCCAUAUUAUUCAAGUGUGAUUGGUUUGAUCUUGACAAGAAGAAGAAAGGAAUCCAUCACGAUGGACGGUUAACAAGCAUCAAUGUUAGCAAGUAUUGGUAUAAAGAUGACCCUUUUGUGAUGGCAUUGCAAGCAAAACAAGUUUUCUACUUGGUUGACUUAAAAUUAGGAAAAGAUUGGAGAGUGCCCCAGAAUUUUAGCCACAGACACAUAUAUGAUGUUCCUGAGAUGUCAAGUAGUGCAGUUGAGACAGAAGAACUGGCUAAUGUUGAGAAUGAGAUCAUUUAUCAAGACAUUGAAAUAUCUGAGAACAGUAGACAUGUUCAAUUAGAGGAAGAGGAAAACAGACCACUAAUAAGGAAUGACGUAAUCCCAGACAUUGUUAAUACUGAUAUCUUAGAGACAAGUAUAGGAGCAAGACAUGAUGUAGAUGAUUUUCUUGAUUAUGGUGUGGAAGAUGAAGAGAUGGACGCUUUUUCUCAAGAAAAUGAAGAGACUGAUUUUACUUCGACUAAUAGUGAUUCAGAUCCAAUGGAGUAAAAAUGAACUUUUGUGAUUUGUGUUCAUAAUAACGAACUUUUGCUAGAUUUGGUAACAAUUGUGUUUUUAUGAUUUGUACUCUUAAUAAAUAUGAUUUCUACUCUUAAUGAAUUGUAUUUUGUAAAGUUAAAACUACUCUUACCAGAUGCUUUUUGUAGGAAAUAAUGGCUCCAGGACUGACUGCAAAGAAAAGGUUGGUUAAUAGACAAUUACAUUCAGCUAGUUCGAAUCAAAUGGCAUCUACAACUCCAAGUGGUCAACAUGUUGAGAAGAUCGUUGCCUCAAAUCAAACUGGUCAAAAUGGGAGAGUGGAAUUAGAAUCUUCGCAAGAGAAUACAGAUUCUAACUCUUCCAAAAGAGUAAGAGGACCCACACGAGGUAAGGAGCUUGAGAAACUACUCAAGGUGAAUGGGAAAAUGGUAAUUGACAUACCGCUUGGAAAAGGAAGACCAGUUUGUGAGGUUCAAUCUGCAAAAUUAUCAUCGGAGCUUGGAGUCAUCUCUCGACAAUUCAUACCAAUACCAGAAAAGUGGAAAAAUUUUACUGAGGAUGAGAAAAGGCAUGCAUUUGAAAGACUUGAAGUAAGUAAUUGUUUUAUAUUGAAAGUUAUUUUUGUUUAAACUAUGUCACUUAUGAAAAUUAAUUGUUUGUUACAUGUCUUAAUCAUUUUAGACUAGGUUUCAAAUUCAAAUUGAUGACGAAUAUGUGAAGAACAGUGUUGAAAAGAUUUUACAAAAGUUAUCAAGAAACCAAAGGUAUAGACUCCACCAAUGCUUUAAAAAGUAUUCAUCAGUGCAAGAAGCUCGUCGAAACAAGCCUACCAAUUUUAACUUGAGUCAAGAAAAUUGGGACAAAUUAUGUGACAUGUGGAGUGAUUCCAAAUUCCAAGUAUGUGAUAUUACAUUUGAUUCAUUCU